CCCAGCGCGGUGCCAGCCAAAGUGCGAAUCACACAUCCAGAGAACCCGACCGCUCAAAGACCAUUCUUUUGACCUGCACCUAGCUCGCCGCCUGCCGCUUCCUCGCGACGCCGCCGCCGACCAUGGGGAUGGUGCUGGGCAAGAUCACGGUGGAGACGCCCAAGCACGAGGUCCUCCACACCGGCGCCGGCUACGAGAUCCGCAGGUACCCGCCCUGCAUCGCCGCCGAGGUGACAUACGACCCGAAGGAGAUGAGAGGCGGCGACCCCGACGGCGGGUUCACCAUCCUCGCCAACUACAUCGGCGCCCUCGGCAAGCCGCAGAACACCAAGCCCGAGAAGAUCGCUAUGACGGCCCCGGUCAUCACCGCCGGCGGCGAGGGCGAGUCGUCCGAGAACAUCGCCAUGACGGCGCCGGUCAUCACCACCACCGGCGCCGCCGCCGCCGCCGCCGCCGCCGAGCCCGAGCCGGUCGCGAUGACCGCGCCGGUCAUCACAGAAGCCCAGCAGACGCCGGGCAAGGUGACAAUGCAGUUCCUGCUGCCGUCCAAGUACACAAAGGUGGAGGAGGCGCCGCGGCCGACGGACGAGCGGGUGGUGAUACGCGAGGUGGCGGAGAGGAAGUACGGGGUGGUGCGGUUCAGCGGGGUGGCCGGUGACAAGACGGUGAAGGAGAAGGCGGAGGGGCUAAAGGCCGCGCUGGAGAAGGACGGGUACACCGUCAAAGGCCCGUUCUUGCUGGCGCGGUACAACCCGCCGUUCACGCUCCCACCGCUGCGCACCAACGAGGUCAUGAUCCCCGUCGAGUGAUCCGGCCACCGCCCACCGGCGGCGGCUGUUCAGUGUACGUUCUUUGCCGUUCAGGGGCGCGCGCUCAGCGAGUCAGUGUUAUAAAUACCUGUAUUUCCUUUAGAAGCUGUUGUCUUACUGGUCUUAUCUUGUGUAAUGGUUGUAACAUAUGUUUGCUGCAACGAAUAAUGGAGAAAUUCAGUACUCGAAA